GUAUAAAUGCACAGCAAAAGAUGCAUCCUCCUCUCCAGUUUUGCCCUUAAUGGAUUAUAAUCCGAGCCAUUAAGUCCCGCCAGUAUCAGUCAACCAGGGAGCAAAAGGACUUCGACAUCUUCAACUAACGCGAUCGGAGUUAUGGUUGGACUGAAGCCCUCAGACGUGCCCCCUCCUCUGGCGGUGAAGAUGAUGAGUGCCGGAGCGGCCGCCUGUGUCGCCGACCUCGUCACCUUCCCGCUGGACACAGCCAAAGUCAGACUACAGAUACAGGGUGAAAAGACAAUGGAGGCAGCAAAAGACAUCCGCUACAGAGGGGUGUUUGGGACGAUAAGUACCAUGAUCCGGACAGAGGGGCCCAAGUCUCUGUACAAUGGACUGGUGGCUGGGCUGCAGAGACAGGUGUGCUUCGCAUCCAUUAGAAUUGGUCUCUACGACAAUGUCAAAAAUUUCUACACUGGUGGAAAAGACAACCCGAGCAUCCUCAUACGCAUCCUGGCUGGCUGCACCACGGGGGCCAUGGCUGUGUCCUUUGCUCAACCCACUGACGUCGUGAAGGUUCGAUUCCAGGCUCAGAUGAAUCUGAGUGGGGUGGCCCGUCGUUACAACGGUACUAUGCAGGCCUACAAGCACAUCUUCCAGAACGAGGGCCUCCGUGGACUCUGGAAAGGCACACUGCCCAACAUCACGAGAAAUGCCCUGGUCAACUGCACGGAGCUGGUUACCUAUGACCUUAUCAAGGAGGCGAUCCUUAAACACAACCUGAUGUCGGACAAUUUGCCUUGCCACUUUGUGUCUGCGUUCGGCGCUGGUUUCGCUACCACAGUCAUUGCUUCCCCGGUGGACGUGGUGAAAACUCGGUAUAUGAACUCCCCGCCCGGCCAGUACAAGAGUGCUAUUAACUGUGCUUGGACCAUGAUGACGAAAGAGGGGCCGACGGCUUUCUACAAAGGAUUCGUGCCCUCGUUUCUGCGGCUGGGCUCGUGGAACGUCGUGAUGUUCGUCUCCUUUGAGCAGAUCAAAAGGGCCAUGAUGGUCACGAAGAAGAAGAUGGAGGCCUGAAACUCCUGAUUCAACAGCUUAUCGACUUAGCAAGCCCAAGCUACCCUGGUUUGCAGCAAUAAUAUUUGGAAGAAAAAGAAAAAACAACAGGAUUCACACUGUGACUCUCACCGCAUUACAAUUUUGGCAUUGCUCAGCAACCCUAUGGUCCUGUGAUGGACGUCCAAAAAGCAUCACAGGACACCGUAGUUUGUAUGUGGACACUCAAACUGGUAUUGUAUACAGAAAUGGAUGUCCCUUUAUUUAUUUUGACCUGCCACAUUGUCAGUAUUAUAAGUCGGUGCUACAUCGUCUGUUAUAUUCAUCUCAUUUGGAAAGUCCAGACAUAUGCACAACACACUUGAUACAGUAUCCACAUAUUCUUUGUACUCCAGUUAACGUGUAAAACAGAAUAUUUAUGUAAGUUCUAAAUAUAUUUUACGCACUGUA